AUGCACGAUCGGGACAUCUUCGAGGCGCCUAGAAAACCUACGUCUGGUUCUGCUAUCCCCCCGCGCCGCUCUCAGUGGCUCGCAUUGUUAGCGUUGCUGCUGGCGCUGCCGUUGACGUUAUCGCUGGGCGAUGACGUGUCCAACUGUGAUUCGCUGGGUUCGUUCCUCCCCUCCUCGCGCCUCGCCCCCUCCUCUCACCUCCGCUUCGGGUUCCCCGAGCACCUCUUCCUCUUCGGCUGUGGGGGGCUGGGGGACGCUCUGAUUGGCCUAGCCGCCGCGUUCACUGUAGCACUUUUGGACGGACGUGCCCUGAUUCUCAACCACCCGUGCUUGCCGCAAGCCUUUGACCCUGCCCACGUUGACUGGCGGUUGACCGACGAUGUCCCCAUGGAACCUUCCAGGAAAUACACGUACGUUCCGCCUCCUGACGUCGGCCCUUCUGCUGCUAAUUCACCACCGGCUGCUGGUGCUGCUGCAGGCAGUGAGGCAGAUAGUGAGGCAGGGGCAGAGCCAGCAGACGCAGCGGUGCAGGCAGGGGAGGUGGUUCGGCUGAACCUCAAGAACCGCCAUGUGGACUUGCAGCCGCUCUUCUCCCGCCUCGCCCCCGCCGCCAACAUCCUGCUGCGCUGGAACCGCGGCGUGCUCACCCGGCUUUUCAUGGAGGCUUAUAACGCGGAUAGGGAGGCUUAUAACGCGGAUAACGGAGGGAAGGAGGAGGGAGGGGUGGGAGGCGAGUGGGGGAUGAGGGGCAGCAGGGAGUGGGCUUUAAGGUUGAGGAGUAUGGGGCUCAGGCUGCCGCUUGCAACGGGAUGUUUUCUGCGCUUCCUUCUCAGACCAAAGCCUGAGGUGUGGCAACUCAUCCGACCGUUCGAUCAGCAGCUGAGGGGCGAUCGGACGGUUGUGAUCGGCUUACACAUUCGAUUCGAGGACAGAGCAGUGUGGGGCGAGGGAGGGGAGGGGGCGCCGUUAUCACUCUCAGAGGAGCGAGUGAGGGCGAUGGUGGAAGAAGUCAAACCCACUCUUGAGUGUGCCAAGCGAGUGCAGGAGUGGCACGUCCCCUCCUCCCUCCCUGUCAAGUGGUUGCUCCUUUGCAACUCCAUGCAAGUCAAAGAGGCCAUUCGCAAGCAAUACCCGGACAAG